CAAGGUGAGAAAAAGGAGAACCCCAUGAGGGAGCUACGUAUCCGCAAGCUCUGCCUGAACAUUUGCGUGGGCGAGAGCGGUGACAGGCUGACCCGAGCCGCCAAAGUGCUGGAGCAGCUCACGGGACAGACUCCCGUUUUCUCAAAGGCUCGCUACACCGUGCGAUCGUUCGGCAUUCGCAGAAAUGAGAAGAUUGCCGUCCACUGCACCGUCCGCGGCGCCAAAGCCGAGGAGAUCCUGGAGAAAGGACUUAAGGUGCGCGAGUACGAGUUGAGAAAGAACAAUUUCUCCGACACGGGAAACUUCGGCUUCGGCAUCCAGGAGCACAUCGACCUGGGCAUCAAGUACGACCCCAGCAUCGGUAUCUACGGACUGGACUUCUACGUGGUUUUGGGACGGCCCGGUUUCAGCAUCGCCGACAAGAAGCGGAAACGCGGCCGCAUCGGUUUCAGGCACCGCAUCCGCAAAGAGGAGUCCAUGCGCUGGUUCCAGCAGAAGUACGAUGGCAUCAUCCUCCCCGGAAAGUAA